UAUGUUCAAAAUUUGUGCAAAAUGAUACAAAAUAAUUUUGGAGAAAAGGAUUGUUGCAUCAGUCUUGACAAGUAGUGAUCUUAAGAGAUGGUGGUAAAGAGAGAAUACAUUGCUGGCUUGGGAAAAGAAAAGCCCUGAGCAGGGAAAUGGAAUGCCAUACUUUGAAUUAGUAUAACAACCAUAGUACUGUGCUGUCUACUAAGGAUAAAAAGAAAAACAAAAACAAUCUCUGCUCUCUAGGAUUUUACAUUCUAAGGAGGGGAGACAUUCAAGCAACCAUGUACAAGCUACAUACAUAAUACACAUGUGCACACAUACACAUGCAUGCAUGUGUAGGCACACACAUACACACGUAUCCGGAGCAGGUAGAUGACAAGAGCGGAAGUGUGUCAGGCUUGGAGUCGGGAGUACCUGAGUUUAAAGGAUGGACUUAGUCACUUAUUAUCUGGGCAAGUCACUUAAUCUCUAUUUGCCUCAGUCUCCUCAUGUGUAAAACGGAGUGAAUGGCAUCCACUUUCCAGGGUUACUGUGAGACUUACUAGCUGUUUGUUUGAAUUUUUUCAUAGGAAAAAUGGGGAUAAUGACACCUGCUUUCCAGGGAUGGAGUGAGGAGCAGAUAAGAUAACAACUGUUAAAGCAGCUCGAAGUAAGAGGUAUGUAAACAUUAUUAUUAGUAGUGGUGGUAGUAUUAUAGCCUCCAAGAUGCUUCCCAGCUCAACCUAUAACUGAAGAUUUUAUGGAACAGUCAAGUAUAACUACAUCUUUCUAGGAGUUAGAAACUUGAUAUAUUCGAAAUAAAACCAAACCAACCAACCACUGUUCUUGGAAUCUAAAGGCCUGGGUUCAAAUCACACAUCCAUGUAAUCGCUUCCCCUCAGUUUCCGUAACUGUGAAAUGCGGGGGCUGCCCGGGAUGCCCCCUUUCCAACAGAUGCAAGGCGCAGUGGCCGGCGAAUGGGCGGGACCACCCAGUUCCUGAGAACUUUACUGAGUAGCCUGCCAGAGACCAGUCCUCAGGAGACAGAGGGGGGAGGCCGCUCCUCUGGGGACUCCCCGCCUCCGGACUCGGAUUAGAUCAGGCGCAGAUCUCGCCCCAGAGCUGCAGUGAGCUGAGUGCCAGGCGUUGGGGAGCCCAGCGAGCAGCCCAGCGCGCAGUCCAACCAAGAGAGCCUGAGCCUGGGCUGGGACGGCUUGGCGGUGUAGGGAGGACCAAGCGCGCGUGCGCAGGAGCCGCCGGGGGAACGCGGAGUCGUAGUCUCUGCGGAGCGUCGGACAGCUUUUGGUUAACGCCAACAUGGCCGCGGCCGCCGCCCGCUUUCUCAGUCCCUUAGUGAAAAGCAGCAGGGACAGUCAAGGGAGAAUCCAUGGACUAUGGAAGUGUCAUCAUGGUGCAGCAGUAACAGUAGCAACUGCAACACAGUCACAAAGAACAAAAGCUCAUGCUCAACCAGAGAAGAGGAAGCCUAAAACCGGAGUAUUGAUGCUAAACAUGGGAGGCCCAGAGACAUUGGGAGAUGUUCAUGACUUCCUACUGAGACUUUUCCUGGACACAGACCUAAUGUCACUUCCUGUACAAGACAAACUGGCUCCAUUCAUUGCCAAGCGUCGCACACCCAAAAUUCAGGAGCAGUACCGUAAGAUUGGAGGUGGUUCGCCAAUCAAAAAGUGGACUGCCAAGCAAGGAGAAAGUAUGAUAAAGCUUCUGGAUGAGCUUUCUCCACAUACAGCUCCUCACAAAUAUUACAUUGGAUUUCGGUAUGUCCAUCCUUUAACAGAAGAAGCAAUUGAAGAGAUGGAGGAAGAUGGACUUGAAAGGGCUAUUGCUUUUACACAGUAUCCACAGUACAGCUGCUCUACCACAGGGAGUAGCUUAAAUGCUAUUUAUCGAUACUAUAAUAAAGUUGGGAAGAAACCAAAGAUGAAGUGGAGUACUAUUGACAGAUGGCCUACCCAUCCUCUUUUCAUUCAGUGUUUUGUAGACCACAUACAAAAAGAAUUGGACCUGUUUCCACCAGAGAAGAGAGGAGAUGUGGUCAUUCUUUUCUCUGCGCACUCACUGCCAAUGUCUGUAGUCAAUCGAGGCGAUCCUUAUCCUCAAGAGGUAGGAGCUACCGUCCAAAAAGUAAUGGAGAAGCUGGGAUAUUCCAAUCCUUAUAGACUUGUCUGGCAGUCUAAGGUUGGUCCAAUGCCGUGGUUGGGUCCACACACUGAUAAAACCAUCAAAGGACUUUGUGAGAGGGGCAGAAAGAAUAUCCUUUUAGUUCCAAUAGCAUUUACCAGUGAUCAUAUUGAAACCUUAUAUGAACUCGAUAUUGAGUACUCUCAAAAAUUAGCAAAUGAGUGUGGAGUUGAAAACAUCAGAAGAGCAGAAUCUCUUAAUGGAAAUCCAUUGUUCUCUAAGGCAUUGGCUGAUUUGGUUCAUUCACAUAUCAAAUCAAAUGAAAUGUGCUCCAAGCAGUUAACUCUAAGCUGUCCACUCUGUAUAAAUCCUGUCUGCAGGGAGACAAAAUCCUUCUUCACUAAUCAACAGCUGUGACACAUGGUCUGUGAAGCCAGUUGGAUUAGUCAGGAGAACUUCUCGAAAUGACCUCACAGAUACCCCAAAGACAUUUCAUUUUGGAGAAAAAUGUUAGGAGAAGUAAAGGAACAAAAUUACAUUACAAUAUUGAUAAAUCCUUUGGUGCACUUUGCUUGCUAUUAUGUUGGGAGUGACUCUGAGGAUCCCUCUAGAGUGAAUUCUGUUUUUAUGUACUUAAUAUGCUAUUAACAUUCACAUUUUAUUCUUUUAAGCAUAGUGGCUUUCUUUAAGAAUUGCUAGUAUAAUGAACAUUUAGUUAUUCAAUUUAAAUAAUAACAGGUGGAUUUUAAAGAUUUGAUUCUAGAGAAACAUUUUACAUACAGAUUUUGGUUUCAUCUCUAAAAAAAUUUUAUAGCAGAACAGAUGUAGCUAUUCCAUGUGAAUUGUAAGGAUUUUUGAGAUUUGUUUGCAUUUCAUUCAUUAGUUUUUCUCUUUGUUUCACCAAAAAUGUGGCUUGCUAUCAAAAUCCUAUCUUGAAAAGAAGCUACUCAGCAUUCUUUCUGUGGCCUAGCAGUAGCAGUGUGUUAUUGGGAGUAAGCUAUGAUGCCUAUGUCCAUCAAUGAUUUGUCAAAAGUUUGCCAGUGAAACUGGUCUUCUUUGUGUAUUACUUUUUUCAUUAAUAAUAGUGAGAUGUGUUGAUUUCAAAAUCUGCCGAGAUUCUUAAAUCCCUGUAGAUAAAGAUUCAGGAUUGCUAAUAACAUAAAAAUAUAUUGUCUAUCAUGUAUAAUUUUAUGGAAAUUUACGAUGGCAUAAAGAAUGUUCAUGGUCUUUCCUACUGGCCUCUGGAGGUUUAUAUUCUCAAGGAACAAUGUUAUUGAGAAUUUUUGAUAAUACCUUGAUUUUUAAUUUUUCUCAGAAUCUCAGUGAGCAUGUAUAUGCAAAUUCUCUUCUGUCUGAGCUGUUUUUCUAUUCUGUAUAGGUAUAUUUUGAAAAUUAGUUUUUUAAUGGAAAAUAUGUUUUGUAACCAUGAGCUCUUAGGCAAAAAGUUACCCCCAACUCCUGCAAUGAUGUCAGAUAAUCAGAUCUCACAUGUUCUGAUUUAAAUGGAUUAAAAUUCAGUCUGCCACAUACAUAGUAGAAUUUGUAAUGAUUACUUUUUUCCUUCUUUCUUCCAAAGCCUAACACUUUAUAUUCUUCAAAAGAGAUUUUUCUCUGUUUGAUUAAAAAAAAACCAUUUAGAAAAAUAGGAGUAAUCUUCAGAGGAUUAUAUAUCUCCUGUAUUCAGAAUUUGCUCUGUUAAUAAAUAUCAUGACAGUGAGGUUUCUUUGGAACUAUGUAGAUAAUAUUGAACCAGUUUCAUUCAUGUUGUAUAAAAUCAAAAUGAUAUAAUAGAAGAAAUUAUCUUAAGACACAUAAAAAAUGCUCCCACUUUUAUUAUCCUAAUAGUAACCUUCUCCAUAUCUUAGAAUCCAAUCUUACAUUGGAAGAAGAAAUUAAAAAAAGAAUAAAAGAAAGAAAAGGAGCAGCUGAAUGUUGAUCAUUUAUUAAAAAAGAAAAGAAAUUGGCUUUUUCUACUAGGGGACUGGAUUUUUUUUUGAUUUUGUGUAGAAGCACUUGAUUAGACUCUAGUUAUAGGAUGUUAUUGCAGAACUGUUUAUUGAUGGCUUAGAACUUUUUUUGAGCUUUGAUUUGGAAUUCAGUGCUAUACUGAGUUUCAAAUCAUAAAGAACGAGUAGUAUUCCACUAUUUUAUCCCAAGAAACCAUAACCCAACUUUUUUUAGUCUAUGAAUGUGGCCUAGCUCUUAAGUAUUCUUGGUUAGAGAAUUUAAAAAAAGAUUGAGACAGUCUAAGUUGGACUCUCUGGGUGGAAGCACAGGCAGAGCCUUAGAAUUGCAGUAGAAAAGACCUGCACAUGCUUUCCCACCAUCUUUUACCCUAAUGCUCAAUUUCUUCCUGAAAUCUAAAUAGUUGAUCAAGACACCUUAGAUAGUAGUUUGGACCAAGAUUCUUGGUGCUGAUUUGGGACUAGGCCAGCUUCUUGUAUUAAGGCAUUGAUGUGACAUUUAUUUGGAUCUUUAAUGAUGGCAAUAGGUAAUUUUACAUGUUAAUCUUGAUUACUAUGUAAUUAUUGCUUGAUAAGGCUAGUGUUUGGUAGGACCAAAUUAUUGAUAGAUCUUUUUUCAACUAUUAGGUAGACUUUGAGAAUAGUGUUUGUUUAAUUGUCAACUUCAGGAUUACAAAUGUCUGCUCUGGGUAAUUAGCACUAAAAUACUGCCAGCUCUCCUCAAACUGAGCUCCUGUGCAGGACUGACUUAAAUUGAUGUAGCAACUUCUUAUAAGGUUUGAAAGAACUGUGAUUAUUAGCUAAUUUGGCUUGCCAAGAUUAGUGUUAGGUACAGAACCUCCUUAAAUACGAUCCCUUAGGGAUGUGACCAUUUAAAGAUUAUACAGUUCACUGCCACCAAUCACCCUUUUAUUACUCCUUAUAUUGAAAGUAAACUUACUUUACACCUUUGAGAGAAACUCAGCUUUGGAAAUCUUUUAUACUUUUCACUUUGCCAAAGUGUUUGCUAAAUAUAGCUGACCUGUAACACACUCAUAAUUAAGUAAUUAAUUAAUAAAAAUAAAUUUCUUUGAUUAUUUUCAUGUAGUAAACCUAUUUUUCAGUUUGUUUUUAGUGUACAGCGCUAAAACAAGUUAGAAACUUUACAAGUUUCCAGAAUUUCAUUGUCCUCCAUCCUUUUUCCAUAUGUGUUCUGUAUAGGACUUUGUUUUGCUUUGUUUUUUGAGGUAAUUGGAGUUAAGUGACUUGCUCAGGGUCACACAGCUAGUCAGUGUUAAAUGUCUGAGGCCAGAUUUGAAUUUAGGUCCUCCUGAAUUCAGGGCUAGUACUCUAUCCACUGCAUCAUCUAGCUGCCUUUGUACAGCAGUUCUUAAAUGUAUGAUUGUGAUGGUGAAGUUACAAGGAAAGAGUACGAUGUUUGGUACCAUGUUGCCAAAGCUUUGACUCAGAGCUGACACUUUCUGCAUAUAGCACAUCAAUAAUUAUAUUCUCUUCUUUAUAAUAACAGUCAUUGAUAUAUAAUGAAAAGGAAGGGAUAGUAGUUCAUGAAAGUUUUCAAUUGGUUCCCAAAUACAGAUUUUCCUUUUGUUCUUUUUCUGAACAAGUUUGCUGAUUUGAUAUGAUAGGCUAUAUAAAAAAUACUAACAAUUUUUUUUAGAGGGGUAGGGGACGGAGCCAGACCAUCUGUUUUUAAAAUGUGACCCAAGAUCAAAAUUAUUUUCAUGAUAAUACUAAAUUUUAAUUUCCAAUAUGGUGAAUAUUGAUAGAUAUAACCCAUCUAAGCAAAAGCUCUUUGGAAGUGAAUGUGCUUAAUAAUUGUUAAGACUAUAAAAUGGUCUUGAGACUAAAAAGUUUGAGAAGCACUGGUUUAGACAAUAUGGAGUCACUCUGAGAUAUAUACACAUAUAAUGAAUGACUAUAUAUAGUCACAGAUAUAUGUUUAUGUAUAUAAAUAAAUUUAUAUUAUACCCACAUAUGAGUGACUAGUAACUCAUGUUUGUGUGUAUAUAUAAAUAUUGCAUAUAUACAUAUAUAUUUAGUUUACAUAUAUAUGUAUAUAAAUACACACACACACACACACAAAUUUGUGUGCCUUUCAAGAAGCCAUCAUUGAAAUAUAUGUUAGAUGGUUUGUGCAACUAGCUGCAGAUUAUUUUAGAUCAGAUACACUGACAUUGACAUACUUAAAAUGUGUGAAGAAUUAUUAAACCAAGAGGGUUGUAAGAUCAGAAUGAAUACCGGUUAGUAGGGGCAGAAUGAGACUUUCACCCACCCCAGAGUUCAGAAUAACCACAUGAUCCCUGCAAGCAAAGCUUCUCUCUGUUCUGCUCCUCCCUCUUCCCAAGGGUAGUUGCUUUGGCAGAAAGCCAGAUUACUAGGAAUAAGCUGCAGCUGGGGACAGAAAUUAGGAGCGGUACCUUAAAAUUGAAGACAUCUGGUACUUUAACAAUCAAAAUAUCUGUUUGUAUGUGCACAUGCCUGUUCAUGUUAGAGAGUCUUCCAGGAGUCUUCAUCUUCAUCCCCUAGUAGAUUGUUAGAAGCAUUCAAAGCCAGAAUCAGUUUGGUGUCAUUAUUCUCUGUUUUUUAUAUUCAGCUAAUUUUCCUUUAAAAGUGCUUCCUGGAAAGCUCUGACCUUAAAGAUGCAUGAUGGUGGUUGGGGAAAAUAAUUCCAAUGAUUUUAAGACAAAAACAGAAUUUAAAUUUAGUGCUAUAUUCAGAACUUUCAAUGGAAAUUAAUUUCUUGGUUUUCAUCAGAAAGACAUGACUCUUGAGAACUAUUAAAUCAUAAUUUAUUUUCUGUUGUUUAUUCACAUGGCAUCUGCAAAUUUAAAAGUUAAUUUUAAACACACUCUGUCCUAGGAUUGCUUUGAAAACAACUCAAAAACUUUACUGUAAUUGCCUCACAGUGAGAAAACUUUAGAGAUCUUUAGCACUUAACUUUGAAUUUUUAAACAAGCCUCAUAGAAAUUAAAUGAUUUGCCCAAAAUCAUAUACAUAGUUGUAGCCGAACCAGAAAUAGGCCUCAGUUCUUCUUUCUUCUACUCUGUCUAGUGUACCUCCUCUUGUUACAAAUUCCCACUCUGGGAAAUUGUGUUCUAAUGAAGUUCUGUAUGCUUAUUUCAAUUUUAUUUUGUAAAAUAAGUUUAAAUGGCUAGAUUUUGCCAUAAGCUAUUAAUCUUAUUUAACAGUAAAUAUUAUCUAAAGUCUAAUUAUUAUUGUAUUGUUAAUAUUGAACUUUAAUGUUCUUUCUUAUUGAGAUUGCUAGUUAACUGAAACAAUUGUAUCUGACUGUUUUUUUAUUUGUUAGAUUUCUCUUUCUGGCAUAGGAAAGCAUAUAUGUUAUUACAAUUUUUUUCCUGUUUGAUUGCUUUAACUGUUGCUAUUAAAAUAAUUUUGAAAAUGU